CCAGGACCUGCCGCACUUCGCAAAUACGAAAGAUCGACCUUUGCGGUGUCAUGUAUGCCGACGGAGAACCCUACCAUUCCCCGGAUGACAAUGGACGCAUUACCUUGGGGACUUCAUCACAGACGGGCAGCUGGGAUCGCCCUAUAACGCCAGGAGGCGAUGCCAUCUCGGACGAGCUGGGCUUCGCCUCAAAGUGGAAACUGUCGAAGAAGAGCAAGAAAGGGGGCAAGGGGCCUUCUCGUCUUCGAGAGUCCGUUAACUCUGAUCUAGAUUCGCCCGCCACGGCAUUCGCUGCAGCGGUCAACCAGACAACGGGCUUCUCACCGCUCAAUCCGACAAUGCCUCUUCAAGAGGACUUCAACGUCCUGUCUCCUCCGCCAAGCAAAACUGUCCUGGCGGUUCAGACACCCCCACAGCCCCGCCGUGAGUUCCUACGAGACCCGUCCCAGCCUCCGACACGUCGGCAGAGUCCUUCGCCCACAGAAAAGCCCCCUGUGCCCGAGCUGCCUCCCCCCACACCGCCUAUCCCAGAUACUCCAGUGCCCCCUCCCCGUCCGUCCUUCGAGUCCGUCCGCCCCACACUCUUCCGGAAGGCAUUCUUCGACUCUAUCGGCGGUGCAAAGUUUGACGACACGCAGAUCUACCUGUGCUCUGCGCGUAGCAAAGCUGGCGUGGCACACAGGCCGAAAGCUGUCCAUGCGAGGAGUGAUUUCCUUCAUGCAGCCUCUGUUAUAUUCACGGAAGAUAUCUACGGUCGGUGUAUUAUCGAUGUCUCGUCUGUCCAUGGAAAGAGGUCGGACAGAGUAGAGUACAGCUAUGACUGCGAUAGCGACCUGGAAGAGUGCGAAGAAGAGCCUGCCGAGAAGAAGACCUUCAGGCGUGCAAGUCCCGCUACGAGUACGAGACCUGCAACAUUAUCUAAGACAACAACGAGCAAUGACGCAACUCCGAAGAGCGCUGCAAGUGCCACCCUGAGCGCGACCGACAUCGACGUCGUAUCGCUGGACGAUUUCAACUCGGCUGCGAGUUUGAGCCUGAGCGAGGAGACAGAAGAGACGGCUGUGGGGAGCAUUGAACGUGCUGCGCCUGCCAAGCCUAUUCUGAGCUUGGAGACGAACGAUUCCAUCCUCAAAUGGCGAGACGAACAUCCGAAAGGGACGGCCAUUCCCCUCGUGGACUUACGGCUCCCUGUUCAGAUUGAGGACGCGAGUGCGAGCAAAACGCAGUCGUCUGUCGAGGAGACUAUCGUCCUCGAGCGGAAGAAUUUGCCUCAGGAGCGAACGUUAUUCAUACCUGAGAGCGCGUACCGAACCUGGCAAGCCUUGUUGCUUUUCCUCUACAAUGAUUUCCUGGAAUUUGCGCCCUUGAGGUCACAGGGAGGACGGCGCACGUCUUUCACCAAUGGCGUCUCCUGCUCCCCCAAGUCGAUGUAUAGACUGGCCACCAAGCUCGGGCUCGAGAAACUGCGGGAACUGUCUUUCGGUGCCCUGGAAAUGGCGCUGUCCAAAGAAAACGUCGUUGAAGAGCUCUUCUCGGACUUCACCUGGAGAUACCCCGAUGUGUUGCGGAUGGAGACCGAGGUCUUCCACCGUUAUGCCUCAGAGCCUUCUGUCCAGAGCGCUUUGCAGGAGAAGUUCCAGGACAUCGCAUACGGCCAGAUGCCUCACUCUUCCGUCGUUCUUAGCUCUUUAUUCCAGAGAUUCAUCCCUCCCUCCGCUAUUGCACGAAAGUGAACGCGUGUGAUGGUCUUGAACAACUUUCGUUGAUUUCUUUGGGAUUAUUCUGCAGUAGUAGGGGUCGUGUACAGUAGUCGAGAAAUAGAGCCUCUAUUUAUGUUUAUCCAGGCAUGCAUUUCAAGAGGUCCUUUCUCUGUGAAAAAGUCAGUCAAGCUGUCAGAAUGGCAUGACAGGGAAUACGCACAAUCCAUCCGGUUACGCAUCCGGCUCCUCUUCACAUACCACCCGCCGUGUCCUCCGCCGAACCUGCACGCCCUCCCCACUCUCCUCCGACCCCGAGUCCUCGCCUAUCGUCGGGGACUUGUUUCCGAACGACUCCUCUGACGGAUCCAGCUUCGACAGCGUCGUCAGCGGGCGUAGACGCGGCAGAGUGAGGUCCCGUCUGGACAGCGUCGGCGAAGGGGGCGCAGAGGGUGCGGGCGAAAACACCUCGAUGCCCGCGAGGCGGAGGUUGCCCUCAGCAACAACGUUGUCAUUCUCGCGCAGGAAGGGCGGCGUCGCGGAUGGGCCGUCGCUCUGCGACUCCUUCAUGGGCAGGUCGACCCGUGUCGCGGGGACGCCUGCGCCGCCGCUCGGCGCGGUCUCGUGCGGCGCGGCCCCGCUCGUCGAGGCCUUGGUGGCAUCUAUCACGCCGAGCGUGCGUGCUAUCACAUAGGAGGCGACGUCCUGUGCAACGUAGAU